AUGGAGACGUGGUUUGAGAAGGCUGAAACGAGGGACUCACGAGCUCAAAGCAACGUGGCCAAAGCUGAAGAUACUGUGGGUGUCUCCGCUGACGAUUUGGAUGAAGACUCGGCUUGA